AUGAAGUCACAAAUUCAAAAAAGACCACCUUUUUCCCAUAGUGCAUAUAAAAUUGUUAAGACUCACCCCCCUAAAAGGCAAGGCAAACUUAACUUUAGCAUCAAUUCAGAUGUUUUUAUCUGCUCUGAAUGCGAAAAAGAGUUCGAAAAGCCUUGGUUACUGAAAAAGCAUUUGAAGGUUCACCAUAUAAGUAAUCAAAUGGCAACUAAUACUGUACUCGACAAACCCCAUCAGGCCAAAUUGAUAGUUGAGAACACUAUUCUGGAUGUUAAUGCAUUUGAUUACUUGAGUGACAAAGAUGACUCCUCCAGUAUCGGGAAUGAAGAAGACAAUAUUGUAGACGAGGAAAACAAUAUUGUCAAUAAUUUCUUUGAUAUUGAAAUGAACAGUAAUCCAGUUUUCAACGCAUUCUCUGAUAUGUUUUCUUCUGCUGCUGCUGCUGAUGAGAUAUCAAUGACUGAUGAUGACUCUGAGAUCCCAAAAGAAGUCUUUGAGACAAUUGGCACUCAAAUGUUGAAGAAGAUACUGCUUGUGAUGAACUUGAUCAUUAAGAUCCAGCAAGAAACUCCCAUAGGAAGAACAUUUAAGUUACCUUAUUUGGAUGCUCUUUUAAAUUAUCAGGCAAGAAAGAAGUCCAAGAUGCCUGUCUUUCCUUCACAAAGAAUAUCAGUACCUGGAUCAAACGGGAACGCAUUUGCUAACAUUAACCUUCCAUCUGACCACUUGAGAUUUCUUAUGGCAAACCCAAAGAAAUCCAAGUUGAUCUCGUUCAUGCCCGAUCGUAUCCCAAACCAAUCGAUCUGUUUGGAACAAGGUAAAAAGUGGAGAACCCACCAUCUCUUUCAGCAGCCUAUGCACACUGUAAAUGGUAUAGAUGUCUGGUUUAGAACCAUCAUUUACUUGAAGACAAACGAUUGCAGCAUCUGCUUUUUGGUUGAAUCAUUCCACAUGGCAAAUAAAAACAUUUUUGCAAGAGGGUAUCUGGUCAGAGUGAUUUCGAUUGUAUGCUAUGGCAUUGAGGUUGCUGUUACCGAUCUUAGAGUAGAGCAGAUCUCUCACGUUGACACCACUCCUGUUGAAAGAGAUCACUACUACAGUAUCUCAAGUAGCCUUACCAGAUUGAGUCCUGCUCAUGACUUUCUUCUUUUUAGAGUUCAUCCAAUGAAGAAGCCUAUGCCUCUUUCUGUUUUGCCUGGUAAUGUAGAUUGCGAUGCAGUAUUUUACAAAGUUAAAAUUUUUUCAAUCAUCCUUUUUACAGACGGCACUUCUGACAAUCGUUCAAAGCAGUACAAUCCGUUUGAAAGCUGGUUAAUGAGAUGUGCUGCCUUGCCUUUUAAGAAUCAAAAUUCGAUAGCAAACAUCCAGUUUCUUUCUACAAUCCCUAAGAAAGAUGGUGCAAAUGGUAUGUCUCUUCUGCCAGCAAUCGUUGAUGACUUUAAGAAACUUGAGAAAGGUGUAAAAAUGUUCUCUGCUGAAGACAAUGAGUAUGUUCUGGUUGUUGCUCCCAUCCUUUGGAUUGAGGCUGACACGCCAUGUCAUUCGGAACUUUGCAGAUUGCUUGGACCGGUCACCACAUUUCCUUGCAGAAGAUGCUACAUCAAACUUAGAUGUGCAAAAGACUUUGUGAAGGACUUAGAUACUGAGAUCCCAAAUGCUCCAAAAAUUGGAAUGAACACGCCUGCAAACGAGAUAAGCUUUAGAGAUCAUUCGACUGGCCGCUUAUUAGAAUUGCAGUCGUUUGAUCCAGAAAAGAAUACACCAGUGGAAAUCCUCCACACGAUACUUCUUGGUGUUGCAAAGUAUAUGGUGAUUGACUUGGUUAAGGUCGUGCUUAAGAAUGACACAGCCACAAUAGCAAGACUUUCAGAAUUCUUGACAGAUUACACACGAUCAACUGGUCUAUCAAGAAAGUUUACUCAAAACUUGAGACAUAGUGAUUCAUUCCUUGAUAGAGACUUCAAGGUUCUGCUUCAAAUACUUCCUGUAAUUCUGAUUAUAGAAUUCUCUGGAAAUCAUGAGCUAGACCUUAUAAUACCAUGCUUUGUUGAACUUGGCCAAUUGUGCUCUCUGGUAUUUGUUUGUCAGGUGACAUCAGACUUUGAUAACUAUAUUAUCAGAGUAGAUAAUGCAGUGAAGCACUUGAUCAAAGCAUUGUUUGACUACGAUAAAGGAACCAAGAAUGAGCUCCACAAGGCAUAUUGCAUCAAGCCAAAAGUUCAUUACUUGACACAUCUCAAGGAAGAUAUAAUUCGUUUUGGCCCAGCCCUCAAUUAUGAAACAGAAAAGGGCGAACAGUUCAAUAAGCAUAUUCGCAAACAUCUGUUUCAUAAGAAUCGCCAAAACACUUCCAGAAAUGUUUGCCUAAAGUUUGCAAAGCAGGUAGCAUUGCAACAUAAGUCUGGAACUGGAAUAGAGAGGUUCAUUAAGGACAUCAAUGAAUCCUUGUUCUAUUACACCUCCUUUGGUGGCUCAAGAGAGCUAAAGGACAACAAUGACACUGGAGAUAUUGAAGAUGACACCAUCCAAAACAACAGUUUUGGCGCAUUUGUUUUUAGAGAUGAUCCAAUCUCUCGCCCUUGUAUAGGACUUGUCUCAGGCUCUGUUAUUAAGUUUCUUAGCAUUGAUCCUCAUAUGGAUAAUAACAAAAACAAUAACUAUGCCAAGGCUGUAAUAACAGGUGAGCAUUCUGAUAUUGCUAACAUAAAUCUCGUUUAUAAAAUCUUAUACACCACAAGUGCUUAUCAAAAUACAAUCAACCUGAACGAAGACUCUGAUAUCAAAGAAUACAAGUACUUUCUCAACAAUCCAGUUGUAGAUUUUGGAUUAUUUGAUUACUUCCUUAAUGAUAUUAACGUUCUUGAUCGAUCUGACGUCUUUCAAGAAAUCACUAAAGGGACAGAUUCUGUUGUGCAUUACAACAUUAGAGGCAAAACAUAUGACAUGGGGUACUAUCUCGCCAAUGAAAUUUACCCAAGCUAUGCAACAUUGAUAAAAACCAUAUCAAAUCCCAUAUUAGCAAAGGAAAAGAUAACAUAUAUUUGUCUGUUUGCUCAAAAACAAGAGGCCACAAGAAAAGAUGUUGAAUGGGCUUUUGGAGUACUGCAGGCUAGAUUCAACAUUUUCAAGCUUCCUGCAAAGUUGUGGAGAAUUACAGACUUAAAUAUGCUAAUGAAACCAUGUAUCAUAUUAUAUAACAUGAUAGUGGAAGACGAACGUGGUGUAGAUGGCCUGGACAUGGUCUAUGAACAAAGCUUGGCAGCAAUGACAUUAUCAGACAGAGCUAGUAGAAGAGCGACUAGUGAAGACGUUACCAGAGGAAGCUUUUCUGAAUUUGUCACAAGAUAUUGUGAAGUUACAAGCCGAAUCAACUAUGCCGAGUUAGUAAAAAGCCUUGUGAAUAACUUGUGGAGUAUGGCAGGAAAUAAUGAAUAA